AUGACCAGGAGACAGGGCUACCGAAGCUGGGCCAUCGGUCUGGUGGCAAUCGUCACCACCGUCUGUGUGCCGACAGUCGAACCGUUCUUUUCAGACCCAGCCAGCCCGCCAGCAGAGCCGGCUAAGUCGGCAGUGGAUACCACCCAGCCGACAACAUACACAGCAGAGCCCGCUCAGUCACCAGUGAAUAUCACCCAGCCGAAAACAUACACAGCAGAGCCCGCUCAGUCACCAGUGGAUUCCACCCAGCCGACAACAUACACAGCAGAGCCGGCUCAGUCACCAGUGGAUUCCACCCAGCCGACAACAUACACAGCAGAGCGGGCUCAGUCACCAGUGGAUACCACCCAGCCGACAACAUACACAGCAGAGCGGGCUCAGUCACCAGUGGAUACCACCCAGCCGACAACAUACACAGCAGAGCCCGCUCAGUCACCAGUGGAUACCACCCAGCCGACAACAUACACAGCAGAGCCGGCUCAGUCACCAGUGGAUACCACCCAGCCGACAGCAUACACAGCAGAGCCCGCUCAGUCACCAGUGGAUUCCACCCCUCCGACAACAUACACAGCAGAGCAGGCUCAGUCACCAGUGCAUACCACCCAGACCACGACAUACACAGCAGAGCCGGCUCAGUCACCGGUGGAUACCACCCAGCCGACAACAUACACAGCAGAGCCCGCUCAGUCACCAGUGGAUUCCACCCAGCCGACAACAUACACAGCAGAGCCCGCUCAGUCACCAGUGGAUACCACCGAACGGACAACAUACCCAAAUGGGCCAGGCUGUAAAACACGAACAGGAGCAUCCUACCGAGGAACGGUCGCCGUGACUGAGACGGGGAAGACUUGCCAACGCUGGGACAGUCAGACGCCUCAUAUGCACGACAAGACACCCGAAUAUUAUCCGCAUUCCGGACUGGAGCAGAACUACUGCCGGAAUCCGGAUGGGGAUCCGGUAAUGAUUUGGUGUUACACCACGGAUCCGGACCAGAUAUGGGAGUACUGUGACUUGCCGUAUUGUACCGGUAAGGCUUAGGUCCCA